CACAAAGGAAGUCAUUAAUUCCAAUUCCAUUCCAUAUGACAAAGUUUUUCCAUCUGUUUGAACUUGCAAACCGUUGAGCUCUAGAUCCCAUAAAGGAGAUUAUAAUACUCACUAUAAUAUAAUUCCAAACGCUUCAAAUUGCCAGAUAAGAUUGUAGGGCCCAAUCUGCUUCUUCAUCAAAGCUAAGAAUUUGCAGAAAUACAAAAGCCAGUUUUUGUUUUUGUUUUCUUGUUCCAUAGUUUUCUAGUCACCUGACUAAAUAAAACUCGUGUUAGCCCACCUCAGUACUCAUUAUUACUUCCACCUUUUUCUUCAACGUUCUUAUUUUCAAAGCUACCAUUGGAGGCAAAUAAAAAAAAAAACCCUUCAAAUUCUGUAUUUUUACUCCAUUAUAAUAAAAUCCCUUCACAGAAACAUCUUCUUCUGGGCUCAUUUGCAGGGGGUUGCUGGAAAAGUUUUAGCAUAAUCUCAAUGGGAUGUUUUCUGGGUUGUUUUGGUAUCACCAAGAAAAAGAGAAGACGGAAGGGUGGCAGCAAAUUUGAAUCUGGUGCAUCAAGUUAUGGAAGAUAUGUACCUCUGGAUUCUGAUGUUGCAGUCAAAAUUGACAAUGCUGAUAUUCAAAAAUCUUCAGCUGAUAAGAUUAUAUAUGAGCCUAAAGAAUCCACAAUUGCGAAAGUAAAAAAGAAAGUUAGCUUCAAUUUGAAUGUCAAGACUUAUGAGCCAUUACCUAAAGAGGAUGAGGAAACAAUGUGGGGAUAUGAUGAGGAAGAAACAGCUGGCGCUAGCAUGAAGUUUUUGAACUAUGAAGAUAAUUUGAUGUCAUCAAAGCUUGGAUCUUUCCCUGCUAAUUAUAGGUAUCAGAACUGCAGAGAUACAUAUGAUGAAGAGGAUGAUAUUGAGCUUGAUGAAAUUGAUUUGGAUGAUGAUGAAGAUGAGGAUUAUGAUAAAGAACUUGAUUUUGAUGAAGAAGAUUUUGUGGAAUGCCAUGAUUAUGGUUCUUCAAACAUGAGUCAGGUGGAGGGUAGACAGCUUAAUUCUGCUCCUGUGGAAUCAGAUGAAAGAGCUAAAACUUCUCAGUUGGCUGCUCAGGGAAGAGGAAACAAUCCAAAUCAAGAUCUUAACAAAACCGAACCAGAUCAAAGUGCUCGAAGCAGAAGCCAGUUUGGGUGUUCUGUGCUCAAUCCAAUUGAAAAUCUCUCUCAAUGGAAAGAAGUUAAAGCGAAUUCAAAGCAGCAAUUAAAGCUGCAGAAGGAAAAUGUCGUGUUACAGCUAGCUACAAAUGUGAAUAAGAAGUCGAAUUCUUUGCCAUUGACCUCUUCAUUGAACUCGAAUUGUCUCAGGACAAGUCAGGAAAUUUCGGUUAAUGCAAGCCUCUCGAAUUGGGUUUGUGCAGAAUAAGCGCUUACAGAAGUUGUGUCAUCACAGAAAUCAGUGUCAUGCAAUUGAGAAAUGUGGAAUUGUGAACACAAAGGGAGGUGUCCCAUUGUUCUCAGAAAGAUACAGAUACCAAUUGCUUGUAUUCUUUAAUUGUAGUUUGCUCUGGAUUGAUUUCUGCUUUCCUUCUUCCAGAAUGUAUUAUUGUAUUGAAGAAACAGAAUUACAAAUGGAGAAAUGGUUGUGUGUUGUGCAUCAAAUUGAUUUGACCUUCGCAGUAAUUUCGAGCAUAGUCGUUAUUCAGUUCAUUCUAAGUAGAUCUGGAGGAAUAAUGCAAGUGUUAAAAGUCACAACAGACAGGUCCUUUCAACUAUAUGAUUGCAAAACCAAACAGAAGAAAUUGAACAAAGAAAUUAUGAUACAACACGAACCUACUACAACUUUGUUAGAACUCAAAGGAUCACAACGUACAACAAAUUCUGUAUAUAUCUCUCUAUUUGGGCUGCAAACACUACAACAGAUGCACUGUGAAAUGGUAAUAUUGGAAAAAGGGUUACCGCCAAUCAUUUUAGGCAAUAUUAUUCACGUCUUUGUUCACUUUCUCUUUAGAAGACUGUCAAUGUUCAUUAGCUAACAUCUCUGUAGCAGUUUGGAUCAAUCUGCAGCGAUGAACACCUAUCAUAUUUCCUGAAAAUCACUCAUCUCAAGUUGUAUUGCGACUGGUUUGAUUCUUUGAGACCAUGCUCCGCUUGCUAUUGAAUUGUUAGCUUUCUGUGUAUGAUGUUAUCGACAGUCAUCAAGUCAUCAACCUCAUCCAUUCAGCAAACUGUAAUUGGAAGCUUUAACAUUGAUAUCUACAUUAUUCUACAGAAGCAGGUUUCCAAAUCUUCAUCUUCGGAGUCACUCACAUCACUGCAAACAUACACCAGAAACAUCAGGACAGAUUGACAAAUUUCAAAUUCCUUCAGCUAAUCUGAUAACCUAGGUAAGUGAGAAAUACACAAUGGCCAAUCCUCAGGUUCAUCAACCAUAUAUUCCUUAGUACACAGAUGUUUACACGCUAUGUAGAUGUCAUGGGAUAGUAUGUAAUGUCACAUCAGAAUAUUCCGGUUGCUCUUCACACACACACACACACACACACAAAAAGUAAUGGCACAUUGAUCACUUUAUCAUUAUAAAGGCACCAGAAACUCAAUGGCUAGAUAGUAAAGUGCAUAUCCUGCUGUAAGGCACUGACUCUAGAGUGCAGGAUAAUUGAGGCAUUUAUGCUAAAUCUAGGAUGCCAAUAUCCAAAAUCCUCAAAGAGAAAGAAUUGGUUUAUCAACAAGAUGCUAAAAGAUAUUUCUUCCCUUAAGAAUAAGUGCAUAUGGGCACCCCACUUCAAAUCAAUAAUUUUGUAGUAUCCAAUGUAUUACGCCAAGACUGUUUAGUAUAAACAGACUGAUAAUAUUGAACCUGUGGAACUACUAUUUUCUUGCAGUAUAAAUACAAGGCCUUCACUUCUCCUUAAUGAUCACAGAUUCAGGAUACUCUUUGUUUAAAGUGUAUGGUCAAUGGUCUUCGUAAACAUGAAUUUUGUAAGGUACAUCUGAAAUUUAUCAGGAAAAAAACAACCAUGCAGGAAAACAAGCGAACAAGAACACUGCCCAUUACUAGCAUGUAAAGUUCAUUCUAUCACAUACAAUAACUACUCAGUAAUCAGGUUGCGAUAGCACCAAGGAAAUGCCUUGCCGAGAAAAGAGGAUACUUUCUAGUCCAAAGGAUCACAAGGAUACCAACAAUUUCAAAUGACAAAAUAACACAGGUGAUUUACAAAGUGCCAAUACUUCUGGAAUGCUGGUGUUGAAUUUGUCUGAUUAGAACAAAUCCAGGUGCAAAUAGACUGAAGUGGCUUCAGGUUUAGCUCCAGAUCACACAGCCAGGACAAAACCAAUAUGCAAAUGCAUUAUAAAUGCAACAAAAACCAUAAACAGAGAAUUUCAGAUACAGCAUAUAGCAAAACCAAAGGAGUAUGAAACUUAGAUAUCCGAAGAUGAGAGAUGUAACUAUUUCAAAACAGCUUAGAGCUGAAACGGAACUGCACGUAUAAGAAACAUCAUAUAUGCAUGUUAAAGCACUCCAGGGUCCUCAUGCAGAAUAUUCUAUACUUAGCGGGCAGCAUCGCAGAUACAGGUUAGCUAAUAUCAGCCUCUGAAGGCCGAAGCAUGGUCAUUGACAAGAGAUACCGGCUAUUAGUUCUUACAAAAACAGAUUAAUAAUUUCUCAAGCCAUCUUCGACCAAAAAUGGAAUUGAAAUGCCAAUUUUCUUCUACUCUCUUUUCCACUCCCCAAUAGCAGGGUGGAUUCUGCUAUCUGGGAAGCACUUUCGAGUUUCAUCUCAAGGGAAGUACAAGAGAGACUAGAAACAAAUCCAACUUUGGUCUGAGUAGUAUAGUAUAUCAUAGCAAGAAAUCACCUCCUCAUUCAGCUGCCAAGCAUAACCGAAUCUCAAUCACACAGAGCUAAAGACCAGCUUUAAUAGGCAACAAUAUACAUUGCGAACAAACAUGGUCUAAACCGCAUUACAUCUUCCAGUAGCAGCAAAAAUCUACAAAAACCUUAAGUACUUCAUUUGUUUAUUGGUAAUGUUUGUCAGUCAUUCAAAUUGUGAAACUAAAUUAACAAUGAGUUACCAAUCCACUCAAUGCAACCUCACUGUUCUUUGCAUUAGAAAACUUCAAUAUAAACCAUUAAAACAGAUCUCCACAAAGAAAACAAUGGGAUAGAUGAUCAAAUUAACUACUCACUAUCUUAACACAGAUCUUCGUAUCAUGAGUUUUCUAGUCCAUGGAAAAUUGCAACGCAGAUUACUAUUGAAUAGAACAUAAAAGAAGCCCAAACUCUCAUUACCUUGGUUGAAAUUCCAAAACCUCUGCAAGUUUAUCUCCAUUACUAUCAUUCCAUUGAACUUUCCUUCUAGGCUUCCCUGAUUUCUUCUUAGAUAACCCCCCUUUCUUUGGAGGCAACAAUGACUGUGAUUCAUCGCACUCCUCCUCUCUUUCGCCAUUCAACGCAGUUUUCGAAGAGUCUAAACCAUUUAAAGGCUCCUUUUUAUCACUCUCACCAUUCCUAUCCAUUGCACAAACCACCACUAUCCUAAUAUUUACACCUCAAAACAAACGAAUCAAAGACCAUAAAGACAGAACAAAAAGAAGGUGAUUUGAAACCUCAAAUCAAAAAACCCAUCUCAUACCAAUCAUCAAAAUCAAGGCUUUACAGCUGUAGAUUCGUAAAGAUUCAAUUUUGACAAGGAAAUUUCAUUCAUCAAACCCAUUUGCAUGAGCCCAGAUAGCCGAUGCAGUUUUUCAAACCCAAAACAGGGGAUAAAUUCAGUUCAUCAAAAGAUAAGUUCAAACGAAGAUUCUAGGAAAACAACCACAACAACAAAAAAUUGAUCCCUUCUAGGAAAUGAAAUACUUUGUCAGAUAUUGUUUUUUACCAGCUAAGAUAAGACAAUUCAAUUGAAUAUACUGCAUCAAGAAAACAUUCUGGGUUUUCCUUUUUCCAAGAAAAAUUAUUGAUCAUAACCAACAAGAGAUUUCUUCUAGGGGGAAAGGAGAAAAAAGAAAAGAAAACAACAAUUUGAUGCAAAACCCUGAAUUUAAAGGAUCAGAAUCUAAAAGAAAUGAAAUGUUUUUUCUAAAGAUUUGUGCCCUCACUUUCGUUGUCAGUGUUUGACAAAUUUUGUUAUUUAAUGAGAUUGUAAUUUCGGAAUUCAGAGUUUUUUUGAAUGCGUCUAGGAAUGGUAGUUAACUUAGGAAGGGACAAUUGACAAAGUAUGGGGGUCGUUUAUUUAUUUGUAGGGCCAGUAAACAAAUAAUUAUCCCUUCAGAUCUGGGGAGAAAUGCCUUCAUUAAAAAGGCAAAUUAAUCUAGAAAUUUU